GCCACCGAGAACGUUGUAUAAAAACGGCACUUCCAGUCGGAGCUCAAUUCAGUUGGGUCUAAAUCCAGACCGAGUUCAAUUGUCAGCAUGCAGUGGAUCUUUACCCUCGUUGUUUGCCUUGCAGCCGGAAGUCGUAUCGAGGCGCGUCAGAUACGGAUUAAUCGCUAUGCUGUCAGUGUGCAGGAGGAUGAGGCGUCGGCCCAGGUGAGGGAGUUGAUGCCAACGCCUUAUCCAGCAGCAGGCUUUCGGCCGCAGGGACGUUCCUUUUGGCUUCCAGGGGAGUCGGAGGGGAAGGCCGACGCAGAUCAAAACGAAGGAUCCGGCUUGGGUGCGGAGACAACUACAACGGAGCUGCCCAGUGAGGAUGCUUCGACUAGUACUACAGAGUCCGCAGACUGGAGCACCACCACAAUCUGGGACUCACCAGAUACCACCACCACAGCUCCCACUCCGGCUAAUAAUCUCCGUUCGGGCAGAGCCUUUGUCAGGGCUUCCUAUCCACCAGCGGGCUAUCGUCCAAGCCGCGCCUUUCGCCUGCCCACUGAGGAGAAUCAGGAGCAGGAGCAGCAGCAGCCCGCUGAGUCCCUGGCCAGCAACUCCACCGACGGCAAUGCCGAUCAUCCCGUUUGCGGAGUAAGCACCAACCCCCUGAUGCCCACCCCAGAGCCUGGCUCCAUGGACGAGCCGGAUUCAGAGAGUGUGGUGAUCACUGCAAAUCUGGGACCACCAGUCUUGGUGGCCAGAGCUCCCAAGCCUCCGCCCUCCAUUCCAGUGGCCAUUCCCCUGCGCUCCCAGCCGCUAUUGGAGGCGCCGAGACGUAGAUUCGUCUACACUACGGAUGUGGAGCAACGCUGGUGAGAGUCCCUCUGGGAUAAGCCCUCUUUAAUUGUUAAAAGUUCAGUAUUUAUAGGUUUUUGUAUUUGGAACGAAUAAAAUCCAGUUUACUGUUAUUUAUACC